UCGGAACAUUGUCAAAGUUUGGACGAAUUCCGUCAAAAGCGCAGAACUAAUUUCGUACCAACUACAGGCGGUAUCGGGAGUCGGUGCGGACGAAUCGUUUAUAAUACAUUCGCGGGAUGAUUGCUCCCACCGAUGCAAUUGCAAUUGAAGUACAAAUAGUGUAAUAGGAUCAAAUCUGCAAAAGUUUAACCAGAUAAGACUUGUUUGUUGAUUAAUCGAGUCCCGAGCAGCAGAAGCAGCAGCAGCAGCAUGGUGCUUGUAAAAGAGUAUCGAAUAUGUAUGCCUCUGACCGUGGAGGAAUACAAAAUUGGACAGUUGUACAUGAUCGCGCGCCACAGUCUUGAACAGUCGGACGAUGGGGAAGGGGUGGAGGUGAUUGAAAAUAAGGAAUGUUUUGAUCCGGAUCACGGCAAGGGUCAGUACACCGAAAAGCGGAUACACUUGUCCAGCCGUCUUCCUUACUGGCUGCAAGCCGUCUGCCCAAAAGUGUUCUACGUUAUAGAGAAGGGCUGGAACUAUUAUCCCUACACGGUGACCGAAUAUACGUGCUCGUUUAUUCCAAAGCUACAUAUACGUAUACUGACUCGAUUUGAAGAUAAUGCUGGCACAUCGGAAAACUGCCUAAACCUUGCAGAGGAAGCUCUAAAAACUCGAAUAGUUGACCAUGUCGACAUAGCUUUUGAGGAACCCUCGGAAAAGCAUUACAAAAAGGAGGAAGAUCCCAAAUUCUUCAAGUCACGUGUUACUGGACGUGGCCCCCUAGUGGAGGGAUGGCGCCAAACGGAUAAACCAAUGAUGUGCUCCUACAAAUUGGUAGAAGCUUCCUUCGAAGUCUGGGGCUUGCAGACACGGGUUGAGGACUUCAUACAGAAGGUAUCUCAAAUUGCCCAUUUAAUCCACCCUUCGGUUAAUCGAUGUUUCCGUUUCAAGUGUAUUCGAGAUGUGCUGCUGCUGGGACACAGGCAAGCGUUUGCAUGGAUUGACGAGUGGCACGGCAUGAGCAUCGACGAUGUGCGCAUGUAUGAGAAAGAUAAACAGAUGGAAGCGAAUGAUAAGCUGCGACAAUCGUUACCUCCCGCGAUGGAAACUGAUAAGACUCAGGAGAACAAUUAGCUCAUCGGCUGACAUUUCGGCUGCUGUCCAUGCUGUAUAUGAUGCUACCAGAAUUGGCGUCGUACAUACCAAUUCGAACAUAAUCGAUGGAACCAAAACUUAACUAGUUCAUGGGUAGAUGUAUCGUGAAUCGUACGCUAUACGAUCAAUGGCUCAACAAUCCUCGCUCAGCUAAGCCUAGCCAACUCGACCAAAUAACUACACCGGUUACAAUCGUAUCUUCUAUCCCUACAAUAGAAUCUCCCGGACAAUGAGGUACAACGGAAAUCUAUACUCGAAUAAUGUCACUACUCUUUAUUGCUCUCGGCACCAUCGAUGUUCUCUAUGCACGCACGCACUAAUGAUGAACCCUCCGCAUAGCUUUCUCAGUAGUCAAAAACUUUAAACACGGACUGGGUUUCGUCAAUCAUCAUCUAGAAUAGGGUGAAAAUAGUCGAUAGUAGUCAUUGAUUAGUACAACAUGUCGUCACGCUCUUGCGUCAGGGUCGUCUGUUAUUAUCCGAUAAGCACCUGUUCCGGACUCUUGCAGUCUACCUCGGCAAAGGGAAGCUUCGUGUCAAGACUCUCCUGUUGCGAAGGAUCUAGCGUUAACAAACCGGAUGGAUGCGCGGAUCGCAGAAAAUCAACCUGAUUUUGCAACUCCUGAUCAGCGACGAUAAAUAUAGAGUGAAACGUA